AUGAAGGGCAUUAUAUCCGUCAUCUCUAUCCUGCUUUCCAUGGGCACAGUUACUGUGGUCUCCGCUUCCUGCGAUCAGAGUGCUCUGAAUACCACGAGCUAUCUCUACGAUAUCACGGAAGAGACUACGGUUUUCGAGGUCGCCCGCAAGACCAAUCGUGGUGUCUGUGAUAUUGGCCGCCACAAUUUGAUGGCAGAUGUGACUAUUCCACCCAACAUCGGUGAAGUCUUCAUUAUCCCGGGCGAGACCUGCACCCCCGACAAUGAGUCCUGCCUGAUUAAAGACGUGGGCCGUACCCGAACUUGCAUCUACGGUGGGCCGCGCUUGUAUUACACCGUGAAGGGCGACACAUAUGAAAAAAUUGCGCUUCGUCUGAACAUCACCACCGAGUCACUCUCCGGCGGUCAAUCUGCCAAUGAAACAUUGCCCGUCGGCCAAUUUAUCAAGGUCCCCGAGUGCUCACCGAGCCAAUGCAUCAUUCAGCCUUAUUCGUUCGAGUGGGGUGUCUACAAGGAUCUUGCCGACAAGUACGGCACGACCGUUGGCCAAAUCAUGAUGCUGAGCCCGACCUACAACUACAGCAGUUUGGCUUUCAGUUCCGGGGGUACAGCCCCUCCAAUUGAUCUGCCAAUGAACUGCACAACUCUGUCGAACAAUAUCACUGUCAUCAGCUAG